CGGGCCUCAGGGGUGGAUGUGCGUGUUCUUGUCGUCGUCAUGGUGGCGCCCGUGGUGUACUUGGUGGCGGCAGCUCUGCUCGUCGGCGUUAUCCUCUUCCUGACUCGCAGCCGAGGCCGGGCAGCAGCAGCUGGCCAAGAGCCACUGCACAAUGAGGAGGAGCCAGUAGUAGCAGGCCGGAUGGUCCAGCCUCGGCCCCUGGAGCCAGAGGAGCAGAGAGCUGGAGGCAGGCCUCGGCGCCGGAGGGACCUGGGCAGCCGCCUACAGGCCCAGCGUCGAGCCCAGCGGGUGGCCUGGGCAGAAGUGGAUGAGAAUGAGGAGGAAGCUGUCAUCCCCGCCCAGGAGGAAGAAGGCAUCGAGAAGCCAGUGGAAACUCACCUGUCAGGGAAAAUUGGAACCAAGAAACUACGGAAGCUAGAAGAGAAACAGGCGCGAAAAGCCCAACGUGAGGCAGAGGAGGCUGAACGGGAGGAGCGGAAACGCCUUGAGUCCCAGCGUGAGGCAGAGUGGAAGAAGGAGGAGGAGCGGCUUCGCCUGGAGGAGGAGCAGAAGGUAAGGCUGACCCCUGACCAUGACCUCUGGCCCCUGACCAGGCAGCCUGCUUCCCAUGCACCUCCCCAGAAGGCCCGGGAGGAGCAGGCCCAGCGGGAGCAUGAGGAGUACCUGAAACUGAAGGAGGCCUUCGUGGUGGAGGAGGAGGGCGUGGGCGAGACCAUGACUGAGGAGCAGUCCCACAGCUUCCUGAUAGAAUUCGUCAACUACAUUAAGCAGUCCAAGGUUGUGCUCUUGGAAGAUCUGGCUUCCCAGGUGGGCCUGCGGACUCAGGACACCAUAAACCGCAUCCAGGACCUGCUGGCUGAGGGGACUCUAACAGGUGUGAUUGACGACCGGGGCAAGUUCAUCUACAUAACCCCAGAGGAGCUAGCUGCCAUGGCCAACUUCAUUCGACAACGAGGCCGAGUGUCCAUCACUGAGCUUGCCCAGGCCAGCAACUCCCUCAUCACCUGGGGCCGGUAGCCUUCUGCCAAGGCCCCAGCCUGACCCCAGCCCUUGCUUCUCAGACUCGGAGCUGGUGUGGCCUACCUGGCAAUACAGCUUCAUUCCUUCCCACCAUCCUGGAGCAGUGUUGGAGUGUGGCCAGGCAGUAAUAGAUUAAAGACCUGUUAGCAGUGCUGACCUUGGUGUGGCUUGGUGUGGUAAAAGGCCUGGCCUGGUAUCACAGAUGAGCAGGUGGAAUGGAGGCCUCAGAAUAUAUCUGAGAGGUGGGCAGGGCCCCUUGGAAGCUGAUGGAAGUCCUAUUGUUAUUAUUAUGCAUUUAUUCAAAAAAAAAUAUUGCACACUUACCGUGUUCCUUUGUUUCCUGCAAGCGCUGCCCUCAAAGCCUAGAUGAGGUCUUUCUCUCCUUCCAUACCCCUCAGAACAAAAGUAGAGAACCCUGUAAAGCCACAUCUCUUUUAACUGGGGAGGAAGGUCUGAUAGUUGUUUGUACAGAUUGAAGAGUCCUAAGCAAGGCUGAAUGCCCCUAGGGAGAAGAGUUAAUGAGAAGUGCCAAGGAUAGAGUCCUAGGGAACGUCAGCUUUUAAGCGAGGGAAGGGAGGACAGUAAAGGAGAGAGGCUGGGCCAGCCACUUGCAGGGAGGUAGAAAAAAGGGGAGGACCUGCUUGCACUGGAUAUAACUGUGCAGCAGAGGGACAUUGCUCGUACAGUCAAUGACAUGGAUUCAGCUCUAUAUCCUUGACCAAAAAAAAGUUGAAAUGGUGUGGGUGAUUCCACCCACUGGUGGAUGUGAGGACCAUAUGCUCAGGAGUGGGUGUGCAAUGGAAGAUGUGUAUUUCCUUUAGGGUCAGUCACUCUGGUUCCUGUGGGCUAUUCACGUGUGAGCAUCGUGCUGUGCUGAGGGUGAGGUGCAUGUUUCAAUGUGCAUUUUUUUAUGCAAGGUGUUCCCUAUACAUAAGCCACCUACUUCCUCUGUGCCUGGUGGAGGAUGCAGCUUUCUGUUGCAGCCCAGGAGGAAACUGUGUGGAUGGUGAUGAGGAGACGGUAUACCAGGUUCUAGGGAAGCACCUUCCUGAGGGGUUGUAAAGAGUGAUUUUGACUCUUGGUGCUGUAAGCAUUGACUAUAGAACUUAAAUCCCAAGUAAGGUGCGACUCUGCUCCUUCCAUCAGCAAUGGGCACUUGGAGUCACCUUGAGUUGUGAAAGGCCACAUGCAUCUUUUGGAAGCCCAUCUGGAGCCCACAGUCUAGUAGAAAAGGGAAGAAACAGACAUAGAUGACCACAGUAUGAGAUAGAAACAUAAAAUUACAAACGGAAAGAAGAGAUGACAAAAUCAGGUCAGUGGUUCUCAGCCCCAGUUCCAUAGGAUUACCUGGGGAGUUUUCAGUAGUUUCAUGACAGGCUGCAUCCAGGACCACUUAAAUCAGAACGUCUGGUGAGCUGGGGCAGGGGAGGGGAAAAAAUGUUUAAUAAAUGUUUUGAAUCUAUAACUAAUUUCUUAAACGUUUACAGUCAUUGUAUCCCACAAAUUGUCAUUACUCCAUCAACUCCUCCCUCCACACUCCCCAUUGGACUGUUCAAGGUUACCCGCUUCAAGCCUUCAUGAAUGCGUGCCCCAGACACCUCUAGGCCCAAGCUCUGGCCCCAAGAUUGGAGACAACCAUUCCACUAAGGCUGUGUUGUUCAAGCUUGUUUGACAGUACCCCUUAGUAAGAAAUUCAUUUUACAUUAAGGACUCAGUACCUGUGUGUGCACAUAUACAUACAGGUAACAGAAGCAAAAGUUUCACAGUACAAUCAUUUCCUCAUCAUGGUUUGAUGCAUGUCGAUAUUUGCUUCUCUGUUCUGUUUCAUUGCUGAUGGUAAGUAAAUUGAUUUUACUACCCACUAACAGAUCUUGACCUAUAGCUUGAAAAACAGGGUUCUAAGGAAACUUGUUCCUUUUGUAUUGAGAACAGGGCCAGAGAUGAGUAUCUGGGUGAAGAGUUGUAUAUUGUAUAUAACUUUUGAUAGUCAUAGAGUUGUACCAAAAGUAAUUUAGACUACAAUAGUGAUGCUGAGAAAGAUUUUGACUUGGUUAUCCUGACACCAUUUUUGUUUGGCUAAUACAGUAUUUGAUUAUUCAUUACAGAAAAAUGGAUAAGGGAACCUGAUAAGAGACCUUACCAAAUACUGAUACUGUAAAAUUAAACUGAUUUAAAUAUAA